GUUCUCUUUGAAGCUCUUAAAGAAACUGGAAAACCUACCAAAAUGGAUGAUUAUGCAUUCCGGUAUCCUACCCUGGUUGAUGACAUUGCCACAGUUUGCAGAUUCAUUGCAGAAAAGCGCAUCACAGAUUCUUCUUUCAAAGGAAUUUGGCACUGGAGUGGAACAGAAGUCAUGACAAAAUAUGCAAUGGUUUGCCAAAUGGCAGAGAUUUUUGGUUUAUCACACAGUCACCUGAUUCCAAAUCCUGAUGCCCCUAGUGCUGGAACUCCAAGGCCUCACAACACUGCUCUUAGCUGCUUGGAUCUGGAAUCCAUGAUGGAAGACGGUGGGGCAAGCAUGCGCACACCAUUCAAGGAAGGAAUCAAACAGUGUCUGCAGCCUUUUGUUUAA